UGUAAAAAUGUACUCGUGUCAUGUCCACUAUGCAGUAGUUUCCAAAGGUCAACUUCCGGACAGAAAAAGGCAUGAAGCUCCCUUACUUAGCUGUUUGUGAUUGUCAUGGGCGGACUGACUUACUCUAACCUAUGCGUUUUUUUAAGCAAUCAGGUGCAAAUGAGGACGAACAGCUACAAUGAAGGGCUUGUGAUUAGCUCGCAAAGCUUCCUGAGUGUUGCUCAAACAAUGGCUUUAGUCGAUUUUCAUUACAAACACCUAGCCCAUGGGCGGUCCACCGAAAAAGAUUGUGCCACUCAUCAGCACCUAGCCUGAAGACGGUCCGUCCAAAAAGAUAGUACCAAUCAUCGUCUUGCUAGGAAAACUUGCGAGUUUUCGUGGCUGACAUUGAGGCCAAACCUAUUUGUACCUUACAGGUCCCGCAGUCUUAGCUAACGCUUGAUUUUAGAUCAAGCACUUUCCUGUAUUGUCAAUUAACGAGUCGGAUGGCCAAUCGCAGCGCCAUCGUAUCUGCUUUGCUGUUUCCUAUCUGUUGUCGUAAUAUCAAAUUAGUAUUUUUUCAUGCCAACCGGACUUAAACAUAUAAGAAGUAACUGAGCGGAUCUGAUAAGUCAAUUUCAAAUAGUCUUGAACUUCUACGAAUAGCAUAGUCUAGCUGAAAACGCGAUUCGGGGUUCUGUCGGCCCUAAUCUUCUGGAUAAAAAGACCUUAAUGUCAAAAGCAGUUUGAUGCAAACAAUUAUUGUUACUGCCCAGGCGCUAGAUUUUACGAUGGCAGAGUCACGGCGGCCCUCAAUCGGCUUUCCAGCUUACGACUGAGGUCGGCGUACCUAGCACUCCAGCUGGUAUGUCGCAAUGCUGACGACCUCGAUCAUAUGCACGACUAAUUUUGCAGCGUCAAGUCUUUACCGAGCAUUGAGCACAAAGUCUUUUGCUCUGCAACCAACUUGGUGACAAAUUAAGUAUCCAGAAAAUAAAUACUUACAGAAAGGUGGAUAUCCUAGAUAGAUGAAGAACUUACCUUCGGGUGGGCGGUGGUGGUGAUUCCUAAGACUCUGCAUUGGGUGUGAACGCCAGACGCUUUUCGUCAUUGAUUUAAUUUACACUAACCUAUUGACGAGUCAAUUGGCAAUACUGUAGUUUUAGAUCACGCGACGUUUCUCAGGAUGCCAGCAGCUUACCCUAAGCCACCAGUUGCAAUGAAUAAUGCUGACAGUAUUCCCCAAAUAAAAUCUGGUUUCGUUGAGAGUACGACGGUGACAGCCUCAUUGUAACGGAAAUAUUACUGUACGAGCGGCACCGCACAAUCGCACAAAUGCAGUAUUGCUUGAUUGUACAAUAUCC